GCGGAAUGCGGCCUCAUCCUCCCCUCCAUCUCGGCUUGGGAGGUGGUGGCCAAGGAGAAGGGCGCACUCCACAACCAGUGGAUCAAGGACCGCAUGGAACCCUGUGCAGCACCCCGCGAUGAGCGCGCUUCAGCACCAGCAACAACCUGGGG